AAAAAACCGGGCGUUUAAAAAAAACUCAAAGAAACGAAUUGAAACGUAUAUAAUCCAAUGGCUACGUUUCAAAGUCGAACACGUGGCAAUCUUACACGCGCCUGGGCCUCACAUAAUUUGAACGAGAAGGAGAGCGCGGAAUGAUAAGCUUUUUAAACUUCAAUAAGCUCCUCGGGCCCACCACGUGGCAUUUAAAUUAUUGGACAAAUUUCAAAAUCCCCAACGUAUCCCCACCAAAACGCCGUCGUUUAAUUCCUUCACCACCGUCACCACCGUCCACCUCCGUACUCCUACCGCCACUCAACGCCUUUACAUCCCCACGCACACCCUCUCACGCGCCGGGCGCGUGUCUUUCUCUUCGAAAUAUUCAAGGCCACUGUCUUUGUCUUUGGCUUUGGCUUUACUCAAACUCUCUCAAAACUCCAACUCUCUCUGCUCUGCUCACACCCACAUUCUUACUCAUUUAACUUCUUAAAGGGAGCAUCUGAUUUUGCGAUUUGGGAUUGUGGUUGGCUCUGAUUCAAGCCACUGAGUUGAAUCGGAUCCGAAAUUUGUAAUCGGUGUUUGUUUAUUUGGGAAGUUUUGUUUUCGGAUCGGGUUUAGAGAGAUGAACGGAAUGGGGAGACAAGGCCAGAGAUCUGGAGCAGCUGUGAGGAAUCACCAAAGGCAGUACUCCGAUGACUAUUUGGACGCCUCGUCCAAUGGAAGAUGGCUUCAAACAGCUGGUCUUCAGUCUCUCUAUUCCAAUACUUCUGCUCCACAGGACUAUGGUUUUGCUGUCGGUGGGGGAGGGCAAGGAUCGAGAAUGUAUAAUAGAAAUGCACAGAGGAGCUUUGGUGGGAUGAAUGAAUAUUACAUGGAGCCAUCGACUCCUCCAGGCAAUUCACGGCCAUCGAGCCAACGCAAAAGUCGCGAGGAUUCGCCGAGCGAGUUCAGUCCUGGACUAUUGGAUCUGCAUUCCUUUGAUACUGAAUUGCUGCCUGAGGAUGGCUUUGACGACUCUGAUGUCUUUAUUUCAAACAACAUCCAGACAAGUAGACCUCAGGAUUUGACAGAGAACAAUCUCUUGAAAAGUGUGGCAGCAGACAAAGAGAGGGCAAACUCUGUUGCAAAGAUCAAAGUUGUUGUGCGUAAAAGGCCACUGAACAAGAAGGAGUUGGCGAAGAAUGAGGAAGAUAUUGUUGAAACAAGUGCUAAUUAUUUAACAGUUCAUGAGACUAAACUCAAGGUGGAUCUUACAGAAUACGUGGAGAAGCAUGAGUUUGUCUUUGAUGCGGUGCUGAACGAGGAGGUUUCAAAUGAUGAGGUGUACCGGGAGACGGUGGAGCCAAUUGUACCCAUAAUAUUUCAACGAACAAAAGCAACCUGCUUUGCAUAUGGACAAACAGGGAGUGGCAAGACUUUUACCAUGAAACCAUUGCCUCUGAAAGCGUCCAAGGACAUCUUGAGAUUGAUGCACCAUACAUACAGGAACCAGGGAUUCCACUUGUUUGUGAGCUUCUUUGAAAUAUAUGGAGGAAAGCUAUAUGAUCUUCUCAACGAUCGAAAAAAACUUUGCAUGAGAGAGGACGGUAAACAACAAGUUUGCAUUGUGGGUUUGCAAGAGUAUAAAGUAUCUGAUGUGGAGACCAUUGGAGAGCUCAUUGAAAAAGGAAAUGCCACGAGAAGUACUGGAACAACUGGUGCGAAUGAAGAAUCCUCUCGUUCUCAUGCCAUACUCCAGCUUGCUAUUAAGAAUUCAGUCAGUGGCAAAGAAUCAAAGCCGCCUCGCUUGGUUGGAAAACUCUCUUUUAUAGAUCUUGCAGGAAGUGAACGUGGGGCAGACACCACUGACAACGACAAACAGACAAGAAUAGAAGGUGCUGAAAUCAAUAAAAGCUUACUUGCUUUAAAGGAAUGCAUACGAGCUCUUGACAAUGACCAGGGGCAUAUUCCUUUUAGAGGCAGUAAAUUAACGGAAGUUCUAAGGGACUCAUUUGUUGGCAAUUCACGCACUGUCAUGAUAUCUUGUAUAUCGCCCAGCUCCGGAUCAAGUGAACACACUCUCAAUACCUUAAGAUAUGCAGACAGGGUGAAGAGCCUUUCAAAAGGAAAUAAUGUUAAAAAGGAUACAUUUUCUUCCACUUUAAACCUUAAGGAAUCAACCACCGGACCCUUGACCUCAGCAUUACCUUCUGGAACUAUGUUUGAGAAUGAACCUGCAUGGGUUGGACGAAAUGAAAGAGAGGAGGUUGAUACAUCAGAGGAGAUCUUUGAACAAAGAAAACCUUCGUGGAAGAAAAAUGGGAAGCUUGAGCCAUUCAGAACAUCUGUUGCGGUUGAAAAUGUACACAAAUCCAAUAAUCAGCCGAAAUGGAAGGACAUGCCAAAGGCAGAUUCUCAUAACUCAAAUUCAGACGAUGAUUUGAAUGAACUGUUGCAGGAAGAGGAAGAUCUUAUAAGCGCUCACAGAAGACAAGUCGAGGAAACAAUGAAUAUUGUUAGGAUGGAAAUGAAUCUUUUAGUGGAGGCAGACCAACCAGGAAAUCAUCUGGAUGGUUAUAUAUCUAGAUUGAAUGCAAUUCUAUCACAAAAGGCUGCAGCAAUCUACCAACUACAAAAUCAUUUGGUUCAUUUCCAGAAACGUUUGAAAGAACAUAAUGUACUUAUAUCUUCAUCUGACUGAUGAACUUGUGCAGAAAUGCAGAUGCUGGUUAGAUCUAGCAGCUCAGAACGCCAUGUGAAGGAUACAUUCUCGGAAUACCAACAUGGUGAUGUGUUGCUUUUUCUUUUUUACUUCUGAUUUUCAUGGGAGCAUUCUUAGAAAUUUUAUAUCCAAUUGAGGUUUUUGUGUGGUCAUUUCCGUUACAUAGCGAUUGGAGUGCUUUAAUGCCUAUUUCUUUUCACUCAGAGCAUACAAUAUUUGUAAAAUUUGUUACCUUAUUCUCUCCAAUAUAAGAAAUUUGCAAUAUUUUGGUUCACAA